AUGCCAGCCAUGGUCAAGAUCAUUGUGGCUGCCUUGUCCGCCGGUGUCGCGUCUGCUUUCGGCACCAUCUCCGAGUUUCCGACAGAGCUGACCAGUCUCAUGGAUCAAACCGUGGAUCCAUGCACCGACUUCUAUUCGUAUUCGUGGGGGACGUGGUACAAUAAAACCACCCUCGACGCCAACCAAAGUAGAACCGAUACCACGUACACCGCGAUCGAGGCUGCGGCGCACGAGCUGGUCGAAAAACUGGUGGACAGCAAGCUGCCUAAACUCGCCGAGUUCUAUGACGCGUGUAUGGACACUGCCGCUUUAGACACCUUGUGCUUGGCUCCCAUCUCAAGUCCCACCAUGACCCAGGUGGUCCUCAACCGAGGCCACCAGGCUGCCGCAACGGCGCCAACAACUGCGAGCAAUGAAACUGAGGAGGAAGUACCAGUGACGGAGCCACCGUUGGUGCCGGUAGUUGGAGGGACCACGGAUGAGCUGCCGGCUGUGGAAGAGUCCAAGAGCGAAGAAGUUCGGAAGACGAUGGAAGAGCUGGCCAAGGCGAACAAGGUCACGGGUAGCGCGCGAGCGGCAUCCAUGACCUGGUAUGAAUCGCGGCGUCGAUAUGGCGGACAGACCAUGGGACCGAACCGCCGCCAGAGAAGUCCGAUGCCGAGAAGCGAGCAGAAGAAAAGGCGGAAGCUCGAGCUAAGCUACGUGCGGAACGACGGAAUCGACCGGACAGUACUCCUGACAGUGAGGAAGAAGAAAAGGAAUACCAAGAAGAACAGCGUAAGCAAGCUGAGCGGCGGCGGAUCAACAAAGCCAAUCGUCCCCCAAAGGAGUAGCGUGACGACCAUGCCAAAGUGGCGCGUGCGGCCCAUGAUCGACGGAUGCUGGACACCACCCUGCCAAGCAGUUCGGGAUGGGGACCUCGUUCAAGUGGACCACCGACGCCAAGCAGCGGAGGAUGGGGGCCCAACUUCAACCCAGUGGACCUUCAUUGUGCCUGUGGAACAACACAGUGAGGACGACUACCGCGACCGCAUCAUGGAUAUCGGCGGACAACCAGCGACCAAGUGGGCAACUACCAAGUCAGACAUGCAAGCCUACUGUCGGGCGCUGAGUGUCGACCCCCAUGGAGACGUGACCAGUCGCCUGGUGUCAUUUAUGGAGCGGGUUCAUGAUGUCAUCGACGAGUACGCGACAGAGUGGAAGAGCAAAUGA